CAUGAAAUUAUAAGGUGAUAUUCGGUUUUGGGAUGCUUUUCCAGGAGAUCAAGGAGCCUCCAAUGACCAAUGACCAAUGAACAGCCGUCGCGUAAGCAAAGUGGACGACCACGUCAUCAUACGUAGGCAGGUUUUUUUUUGCACGUACACAAACCAUGCGUCCUGUGUCGUCCUUUGCCUAUGUCCGUCGCAUCAUUUCGUCAUCCCCCUCAUAACAAUAUUCAUGUCAUUGGCUUAUGUCGCGUCUCCAUUAAAUUGUUUCUGCGGCAAUCAAUCAUCUGGUUUCCAUCAGUGGUGAAGCAACAAGUAGUGACGGUAUCUACCUAGUAGGAGAGCUGCGUUAAGAUUCCGACGACAAUUAUUACGACAGUGUCUGUCCACAUUAAUAAUAUUGAACAGUUGAAUUUAAGGAAGUCACCAGAAAUACAAAUACAGUUACUCUAAAUUCAAAGUAGUAUAUACAGUAGCCACAUUGUUGCAAACACUAUUCCUGGAGAUACUAUGGACAACAGUAACAUUCAGAUUCAAAAUACAAAUGGUCAAAUUAAUAUUGUGGGACAAGAUGCAACAGGGCCUGGUAUGAAUGGAUCACGUGGUGGAAACAAUAAUGGUGUUUCCCAAUUUUCAGGUGAUCUCCAAUUCGAAAAUUCACCAUUUUAUACCGUUGUACAUGAAAUUAUCAAGCCAACUGUUCUAACUAUGAAUACAAAUCCAUUACAAUUUUCGCUGUCGGCCAAUCAUAUUGAAAGUUUGUACAGUUUUGAGAACUUAGAAAACAGUGAAUUGAAACUUCAAUUCCAGAUUCGAAUUGGAAAAAUUCCAGGUGAUGGUUCAUCAUUAAUAAAGGAUUAUUUGCCCCAGGGACUGCAAAUUGUUUAUGGUUCUUCGGUUCAUCCAAAUAAUUUGCAUUUUCCACAGCCACAAUCAUUUAAAGUUAAACAGCCAAUCAAUUGCGCUGAGUUGAUACAUGAAAAUAUGAUUAAAGACCUGAUUUAUACAAGCUGGACUCCUGAUGAACAUAAUUACGCUCUAACAUUGAAUCUAGUUAGAAAACAUUCAAUAAAUAGUUUGAUAGACCGACUUCGAGAUAAUAGAGAUAAGACAUCAAGCGAAAAUCUAGAGAAGACUAAAAAAUUUAUAAUUAAUAUGUUAUUAGAUGAUGAUUUAAUUUUGGACACAGGUGAACCAGCUACUUGUUUUCGAUUGUUUUGCCCGUUGAGUAAAACAAGAAUGGAAGUCCCCGUUAGAGCCAGACAUUGCACGCAUUUGCAGUGUUUUGAUGCAAAGACGUUUCUAUUAUUAAAUGAGUGUACACCAAAGUGGGAGUGCCCAAUAUGUACUACAUCUUGUUCGUACGAUGACUUAGAAAUUCAAUAUUAUUUUUUUGAAAUUUUGUCAAGUUCUACACUAAGUGAUGAUUGCAGUCGUAUAGAAUUUCAAACAGAUGGGGUACGGCUUGGAUAUUAUGAAAAAAAAGAGAUGGAAAAGGAGCAGGGGAGUUUGUAUGAAGUUAUCAUUGAAGUGGAAUAAGAAGAUGGCCAGAAAUGUAUUUCGUUUUAUUAUUAUUAUUAUUAUUAUUAUUAUUAUUAUUAUUAUCAUCAAAACAAUUUAAAAAUAUACAAACUUUUAGAAUUAUGAUGAUCCAUAGUUUUACACAAUAAAUAGGUAGCAUAUAAACAAAAUACAUUUAAAAUAACACUUAUAAUGAUACUUAUAUUAACAGCUUAAAAUGCUCUAAUGAAUCACUAAAUGUCCAACUAUGGUUAUUAGUAGAGUUGAGAUUAAUGUUAUGUGAAGACAUUUGAAAUAUGAAGUUUAUUUUAAAAAAAAAUCAAUAAUUGUUAUUAAUUUCUCUAAUCGUAAUUCAUAACUAUCAUAAGCAAAAACAAAUUAAUAUUGUAAAUACUUCAUUAUUUAUUUUGUUAAAUUAAAUAUGCAAUACAUA